UCAGUCGAGCAGACUCAAAGUCGCACCGCGCGCGCCUCAAGAUGUUCGCGGAAAUCGUGGCCGCUGUGCUAUUCCCGCUCGUUCUGUUUUAUAUGUACAAAAGCGCGUUUAAGAAGCCUGAUAAUUUUCCACCCGGCCCGCCAAGCCUCCCAGUGUAUGGAGCGUAUUUCCUGAUCUACGCCAUAUCUCCGAACAACUUAGCAGGAGCCUUCAUCAAGCUUGGCCGCCGGUACAAGACGCGGCUGGUCGGCUGUUACCUGGGGCCUUUCCAGGCGGUGAUCGCCAACGGCCCAGCCCUGGUCAAAGAAGUCCUCAACAGAGAGGAGUUCGAUGGGCGUCUGGACAUCAUUCUUGGGAGGCUGCGGGCUUUCUGGAAACAGCUGGGCAUAUUCUCCACAGACGGUUACUUCUGGCAUACUCAGCGGAGGUUCUCCCUGCGCUACAUGCGCGAUUUUGGGUUCGGGCGGCGCUGCGUCGAGCUCGAAGAUGCCAUCACCCAUGAGAUCAAGGAGAUGAUCGAUAUGAGGAUCAACGGCCCGAGGAACGACGAUGAGAAGAAACUUGUGAACGGUGACCUGGUUUACCUGCCGCACUAUCUCUCCGUGCCUUUUAUCAACGGUAUGCUGCACGUGUUCAGCGGAAUAACCCUGCCCCGUGAAGACUACCCUGCGCUCUGGGACUUGGCCAGAAAUACCCUCAGGUUCCAGCGCGGCAGCAACGACCUCGGCGGAGCUAUUUCCUUAACGCCGUGGCUCAAGGAACUAUUCCCCAAAUGGAGCGGCUAUCAAGACUUGUAUGAAGGGAACAAGUAUCUAACUGACUUUUUCAGGAAACUAAUUGAGCACGCGAUGGCGACGCAUGAUGAUAACCAGAACCGGCACUUCUUAGACAUGUACAUCAGAAAAAUGAAGGAGGAGAUUCGAGACACCGAACGCACUACGUUCUCUGUGGAUCAAUUGAUCCUGAUCUGCACGGACUACAUGUUCCCGAGCGCGACGGCCGGCGAGUCCGUUAUCCAGCUCCUGGUUGAACAAAUGUUCCUGCAUCCUGAGAUCCAGGAUAAGAUCCACGAGGAGAUCGACCGAGUCGUCGGCUGCGAUCGCAUGCCCAAUCUGGACGACAGGAAAAACAUGCCGUAUACAGAAGCGAGCCUGCGCGAAAUGCUGCGGUUUGAGACAACAGUACCACUCGCAGUACCGCACCGAUGCGUCGUCGACACCACGCUGGACGGCUACCAUAUUGCGGAGAACACUGCAGUGGGAGUGAAUCUAACGAGUCUACACAUAGACAAGGACUUAUGGGGCGACCCAGAAGUUUUUAGACCGGAGCGGUUUAUCAAAAAUGGCCGCCUCGAUGUCGCCAGCGACAAGUCAUUGCCUUUUGGAGCAGGUCGACGGAUGUGCGCCGGAGAGACGUACGCGCGGCAGUGCAUGUUCCAAGUGUUCGCGAGCUUCAUGCAGGCGUUCGACGUAUCAACGGCCGACGGCCGCCCGCUGACGAAGCCCGCCCGACGGAUUCAGGGCAUCAUCACCACUAUACCGGAAGGCUGGGUGCGGGUCACGCCGAGGAUAUAGCAUUUAUAGGUUAUGUUAGGUUAAGAACUGCUAGAUAACUUGCAAAGUUGAAGAAGGCUCA